AUGGCGCCCAAGAACAGGGACUUCUCAGGCUAUCAGUAUGCCGCCAUGUCAUCCCUCGUCUUGACUGCCGAUCGCUCAAAAAUACCUAGGAGGGAUAACGAGCCAACAGGUGAACCUGAGACCUUGGUCGGUCGGAUAGACCCUAAAUCGAUGGGAAGUCGCGCCUUCAAGGAGUCAGUCCACAUCAAGAAGGAUAUCUCCAAGAAGAAAUCAAAACAUAUCACCUCGAACGAAGACCGUCCCAAGAAAUUCACUGAAACAAACAGUCGAAGGUACGCCGAUGUGAUCGAAGCCAUCCAGGAGGUCGAGGGCUUGAACUACAAACCGCGUACCAACGAGACUCGAUCGAUCUACGAACUACUCCUGUCGAGCGUCCAGCUGAUGUUAGGCGAUCAACCCAAUGAAAUCGUCAGAUCGGCUACCGAUAUGACCAUCGAGGCCAUGAAGAACGAUAACGACUACCCAAAAGAUUUGGAUAAGAAGCGGACGAUCGAAGAAUUCCUGGGAACGAUCUCCAGUGAGAAGUUCAACGAACUGAGUAACCUAGCCAAGAAACUCACCGAUUACGGCGAUGACGAUCAGGCUCAACAGGCUGGCGGCGAGGGCGAGGAUGGCGAGAACCAGAAACGGGCAAACGAACUAGAUGACGACAAUAAUGGAGUGGCGGUGGUCUUCGAGGAUGAUGAGAAUGGGGAGGAUAGCGAUGAGGAUGAAUUCGAGAUUCGGGAUAACUCGGAUAGUGACGAGGAUAGUGAGGCUGAUGAGAACGAGGAUCAAGAUGAUGAUGAUCUCAAUGCCCAACAGACAGAUCCCACCGAUCAGAUCAUCAUCGGCCCCGAUUCGAAUAACGCGUCCGACUCAAAAAAUAAGAAGGGCAAACAAGAUCUGACCAUCUACGACAUCGAUGGCUUUUGGCUCCAACGUUUGAUCGGAAAUCAUUUCCCAGAUCCAAUCGAAGCCGAAUCCAAGACCAAGGAAGCCAUCAAUCUCUUAUCGGCCGACAAUUCAAGCCUACGAGAUCUUGAAAACAGUCUGGUGGAUCUAUUCGACUAUGAUAAGUUCGAAUUGGUCUCUGUUCUCACCAAGCACCGCGACAUCAUCGUCUGGGGUACCAAAUGGUCUCGAAGCGAUGAAGAUGAAAAGGUCAAUCUGGCUGUGGUCAUGAGGGAGAAGGGAGUGGGUUGGAUCGUCAAGGCUCUGACCACCGGUCGUGGAAUCAGUAAUCCUCAGCUCCAAGCAACCGCUAACUCGAACAACAAGAUGGACAUCGAUUCAGAAUCAAGCAAACCAACCCAAUUCCCUACAAAGGCCAACCUAGAAGCCAACUCAUUCCUCCCUAACCCAAAGAAAGUCUUAGACUUGAGCUCUAUGGUCUUCAAUCAAGGCUCGCGAACGAUGACCAACAAGAAGUGCAAGCUACCCGAAGGCUCUCACAAGGUUCCACCGACUGGUCAAGGCUACGAAGAAAUUCAUGUACCCCCACCCGAGAAAGCACCCGUCAAAGCAGAAGACUUGGUUAAGAUUGUCGAUUUACCUCAUUGGUCUAGGGAAGCCUUCAAAGGUGCCACCACCCUCAACAGAGUCCAAAGUAAAGUCUUUCCGGUCGCAUUUGGUCAAGAUGAUCCUAUCUUGUUGUGCGCUCCAACCGGAGCUGGUAAGACAAACGUGGCUAUGCUAACCGUCCUCAACGAGAUUGCCAAACAUCGUAACGAGACCACCGGAGAGAUCGAUUUGGCCGCGUUUAAAAUUGUCUAUGUCGCUCCGAUGAAGGCCCUUGUCCAAGAAAUGGUUGGAAACUUCUCAAGCAGGCUCAAAUAUCUAGGCAUUCAAGUUGGAGAAUUGACAGGUGAUCGGCAGAUGACGAAAGAUCAGAUCACAAUGACUCAGAUCAUUGUCACAACUCCAGAAAAAUGGGACGUGAUUACUCGUAAGAGUACCGAUACCAGUUACACAAAUCUAGUGGGCUUGAUCAUUAUCGAUGAGAUUCAUCUGCUACACGACGAGCGAGGACCGGUUCUAGAAGCUCUAGUCAGUCGAACCAUUCGUAGAAUGGAACAAAAUCAUGAAUAUGUUCGCCUCGUCGGUCUCUCGGCCACCUUGCCUAACUAUGCCGAUGUGGCUCGGUUCUUGCGCGUCAACCCGAAAAAAGGUCUAUUCUUCUUCGAUAGUUCCGCUCGACCCUGCCCCCUCAAAUUGGAGUUUAUUGGCAUCACUGAGAAAAAGGCCAUAAAGCGUCUCCAGCUCACCAACGAGAUCUGCUACGAGAAAGUUAUGAAGCAGCUUAAUGAUAAGCAACAGAUUAUCAUCUUUGUCCACUCUCGAAGUGAGACCACUAGGACGGCCAAAAACCUGAAAGAAACAAGUAUCGAGCGAGAUGAAGUUGGAUUAGCCAAUCGGGAGAUCUUAAUGGAAACGGCCGAAAACGUCAAAGACCCGGGGCUCAAGGACAUCCUCCAAUUCGGCAUCGGAAUUCAUCAUGCCGGUUUAGAAAGAGUUGAUCGACGAUUGGUCGAAGAGUUGUUUGCCGAUGGUCACCUUCAAGUUCUAGUCUCGACCGCUACUCUUGCGUGGGGAGUCAACCUGCCCGCACACGCCGUCAUCAUUAAAGGCACUCAGAUCUACAAUCCCGAGAAAGGCAGAUGGGUUGAGCUAUCCCCCCAAGAUAUCUUGCAGAUGCUCGGCCGAGCAGGGAGACCACAGUACGAUACCUUUGGGGAAGGGAUCAUCAUUACCAAUCAUUCCGAGCUGCAAUUCCAUCUGUCCAUCACUACCAGUCAAUUGCCCAUCGAAUCUCAAUUAGUUAGUAAGCUAGCGGACAUCCUUAACGCUGAGAUCGUAUUGGGUACGAUCAGAAACCGUGAGGAAGCAGCCCAAUGGCUAGGCUAUACGUACUGGUACCAACGUGCAUUGGAAAACCCAUCACUCUAUGGCUUUCAGCAUGACCCCGAGGACCCUCUGUUGCUUCAAAAACGGUCGGAUAUCGUCCACACCGCCUUUUGCAUCCUCGAGAAGAGUGGGUUGGCCAAGUAUGAUCGAAAGACUGGAUUAAUCACCACACUUGAGCUCGGAAAGAUCGCCAGUCACUACUAUGUCACCAAUACAUCGAUGUCCACCUACAACCAACAUCUCCGACCCACAAUGACACUGAUCGAAUUAUUCAGGGUAUUUGCUGCGAGUGACGAGUUCAAGUACAUACCUACGAGACCCGAAGAAAAGCAAGAGUUGGCCAAGCUCCUCGAAAAAGUACCAAUUCCGGUCAAAGAAUCUGUAGGAGAUCCAAGUGCGAAAAUCAAUGUUCUGCUGCAAGCCUACAUCUCAAGACUGCCGCUGGAAGGAUUUGCCCUGAUGGCAGACAUGGUUUAUGUCACUCAAUCGGCUGGAAGAAUCUUAAGGGCCUUGUUCGAGAUCUGUCUCAAGCGUGGCUGGGCUAGGUUGACUCACCAAGCCUUGGAUUUAUGUAAGAUGGUCGAGAAGAAGAUGUGGGUCUCUAUGACCCCUCUUCGGCAAUUUCCAUCUUGUUCAGCCGAUAUCAUUCGACGGGCCGAGAGGAAAGACUUUCCGUGGUACCGAUUCUUUGAUCUCGAACCUCCAGAGCUCGGCGAGUUAAUGGGGAACCCGAAGCUUGGAAAGACGAUCCACCGAUUCGUUCAUCAGUUUCCCAAGCUAGAGCUCCAAGCUCUCGUCCAACCUAUCACCCGAACUAUGUUACGAGUCGAACUAACGAUCACUCCGGAUUUCAUGUGGGAGGAAUCAGUUCAUGGGACUGCUCAAAUGUUUUGGAUCAUGGUCGAGGAUGUGGAUGGAGAACUCAUCUUGUUUUCGGAUCAGUUUCUCCUCCGUCAACGAUAUGCCAACGAAGAACAUUUUGUGACCUUUUACGUGCCGAUGAUCGAUCCGCUCCCCCCGAAUUACUUUAUCUCCGUCGUUGCUGAUCGCUGGCUUCAUGCUAGUACUCGUCUACCGCUGUCCUUCAAGCAUCUCAUCUUACCCGAAAAGUUCUCCCAGCCUACUCCGCUGUUGGAUCUUCAACCACUUCCCGUUGCAGCUUUACACAAUAAGGCCUACGAAUCGAUUUACCUUAAACAGGGCCUCAAAAACUUCAAUAAGAUUCAAACUCAAGUCUUCCAGGCGCUCUACACUAGCAAUGACAACGUGUUGAUCUGCUCACCCACAGGUAGUGGUAAGACGAUUUGUGCUGAAUUCGCUCUAUUGCGACUUUGGUCUCAACCGGAAUGGCAAAGGUGUGUCUGCAUCGAGCCAUAUCAAGAGGUCGUCGAUCUCCGAGUGAAAGAGUGGAGACAGAAGUUCGGUCCUCUCGGAAAAGUGAUCGAGCCUCUGACCGGCGAGCUGACGCGGGAUGUCGAGCUGACGGCAAGUGACGGGAGCAAGCCGGGACAAGCCAGAAUUGAUAUUAUAAUCUGCACGCCAACCCAGUGGGAUCUAGUUUCAAGACGAUGGAAACAACGGAAGAUGGUAGAACGCACAGGACUUCUGAUUGCAGACGAAAUCCAUCUGAUCGGGUCUGAGAUCGGACCAGCCUAUGAAGUGAUUGUUUCGAGGACCCGAUACGUUACUGCUCAGAGCGAGAUCAGUAAGACGCGGAUCGUCGCCCUUGGUUGUCCAUUGGCGAACGCGCGAGACUUGGGCGACUGGAUGGGCGCUAAUUCCCAGGCGAUUUUCAACUUUGCUCCUGGAUCUCGACCAUUGCCGUUGGAGGUCCAUAUCCAGUCCUUCAACGUACCGCAUUUCCCAUCGUUGAUGAUUCAGAUGGCCAAACCAGCCUACCUAUCAAUCCUUGAGUAUGCUCACGAGAAGCCGGUGAUUGCCUUUGUGCCAUCACGGAAACAAUGUCGGUUGACCGCCUCGGAUCUUUCCAUCUAUGCUCUCUCAGACGAAGACCCUCAGCGAUUUUUGAACAUCGAGCAAGAAGAUCUUGCCCCAUAUCUCGCUAAAGUCUCAGACGAAAAUCUACGCGAGACUUUGGCAAGCGGGAUCGGGUAUUACCACGAGGCAAUGUCGAACACGGAUAAGGUGAUUGUUCAAAAGUUGUUCGAGGUGGGUGCGAUCCAGGUGGUAAUUGCUUCAAAAGAUACCGCGUGGAGUAUCCCGAUGACAGCAUUUAUGGUCAUCAUCAUGGGCGUGCAAAAUUACGAGGGCAAGGAGCAUCGUUAUGUGGACUACUCGUUCCCAGAUAUCUUACAAAUGAUGGGUAGAGCUUGCAGACCGAGCGAAGAUAGUUCGAGUCGGUGUGUGUUGAUGUGUCAACAAGUCCGAAAAGAGUUCCUCAAGAAGUUUUUGAACGAGGGAUUGCCCAUCGAGUCACAUCUUCAUCUAUCUCUACAUGAUCAUUUCAACGCAGAAAUCGUUGCCAAAACAAUCGAGAAUAAGCAGGAUGCGGUGGACUGGUGUACUUGGCAAUGGUUUUACCGUCGCUUGGUAGCUAACCCGAAUUACUACAACAUGCAAGCUACCGAUCAUCGACAUCUGAGCGAUCAUCUGUCAGAACUGGUUGAAUCGACUCUUUCAGAUUUACAAAACUCCAACUGUAUUGCGAUCGAAGACGAGAUGGACACUACACCUCUUCCACUUGGAAUCGUUGCCGCCUACUACAACAUCAACUACAUCACUGCUGAUGUGUUCAGUAUGAGUUUGACCGAAAAGACCAAGCUCAAGGGAAUUCUUGAGAUUAUUUCUGCCGCGCAAGAGUUCGAGUCGAUCCCACUACGACAUGGCGAAGAGGGUCUACUGAAGAAAGUGCACGAUCGAGUACCGGUGAAAGUAGGGAAAGUAGAGUACCUGUCGCCCCAUUUCAAGACCAACAUCCUCUUACAGGCUCACUUUAGUCGAUUGACUCUACCCUCGGACUUGAUGCUCGAUCAAGUCGAGAUCUUGAGGAAGGUCCCUAAUCUCAUCUCCGCUGCUGUCGACGUUUUGAGUUCUCAAGAGUGUCUAAACACUACUGUUGCCAUGGAAUUCUUUCAAAUGGUCGUCCAGGCAGUUUGGAAUCAUGAUAGUCCGUUGAAACAAAUUCCAGGUUUCUCUUCCGAGAUCAUUCAACGAUGCACGGCGGCCAAUGUGAAUCAAGUCACAGACAUCAUGGAACUUGAAGAUGAAGAGCGGAACCGCCUGUUACAGAUGGACACCAAACACUUGGCAAAGGUUGCCCAGUUUGUCAACUCGUAUCCAGCGAUCGAGAUCAAGCAUGAGAUCGAGGACGAAGACUCGCUGGUAACCAACACGCCGAUCACGUUGAAAGUCUCACUGGUGGCAGAGGAUGAGGAGGAGGAGGAAGGCUCGAAGACGGCGGUUGCAGGGAACGUGGUCCUUGCGCCGUUCUACCCUACCGUCAAGCAGGACUGUUGGUGGUUGAUCGUCGAAGAUCCUAAGCAGAAGAAACUCUUGGGCUUGAAAAAGGUCACUGGAGCUACUCCUCUUCCCACUAAAAUCGAAUUCUCCGUCCCAACCGCUGGGAAACAUGAGCUCAAACUUGACUUGAUCUCAGAUUCUUACAUUGGUGUGGAUCAGGAGCUGAGAUUAGAAAUCAAUAUUGCUGAAGGCGAAGAUUCAGAUUCGGAGGAGUCGGAUGAUUCGGAUGAAGAGAUGCAAGAUCAACAGGCUUCCUCUGAGAAAGAUUGA